ACACUGCGCCAUUGUGGCUCCUAGGUUCCGCACCGACCAGUGAACGCUCGUGUCUGCCAAGAGCCAUUAUGGUGUCAGUUUCCCCGGCUCCGCGAGUAAGCAGCCAGCCUGUUCAGUCAGCUCAGUCGGCUAGAGUCAUGGCGUCCGCCAGCACGGGGAGCAGGGUGUCCUGCGGGAGGGAUUUGAAUUGUGUGCCGGAGAUAGCAGACACGCUGGCCGCGGUUGCCAAACUUGGGUGAGGAGGAUGCCGCACUCCUGAAGAUAUGUUAACAUUACAUAAGAGCCUACAUAGCUGUUUCUUUAGUGUGAUGUUUGUGUGUGUGUCUGCUAGCAAGAUGACUGUGUGAUGCUUGCUAAGCUAGCCGGUAAAUUACCAGCACGUGCCCAAUCACAAUGAUGCUUGACACUCGUUUUACAGUUUGGUUUUCUGUUCAGGCUGCUGUUUUAAAACACGUGAGAUAGGCUGGACAAAAAAAUCAUGUUUUUGUUUUACAUGCCUUUGGCAUUUUAACUCAUAUCUUUGAUUUACAAAUAAUGUGUUUUCUGUCUGUAAUGUCCAGGUUUGACUUCCUCUGCAUGCCCCUGUUCCACUCGAGGUUCAGGAGAGAGUUUGAGACGGAGCCCGCUAAAACCAGAUCUGGAGCUCAGACCCGAUCAGACCUGCUGCUCUGUGGGAGAGGUCAGUGCUAUUAAACUCUCAUGUCAUCAAACUUUAGUUGACAUUACCUUUAUUCUCUACGUAGUUAACUGUACUCCUGUUUGCUGGCUGCACAGGGCCCCACGACACCAUUGAUGGAUAAAUAAACUGAUUAUUACUAUGAACACAUUUUGAGAUAACAAUUAUGAUUGAACAAAGUUAGCACUAAAUGAAAAGAAAAACAAAUAGAAAAGAGAUAUCUAAAAAAUUAUCUUCAUAAUGACAAGUGUUUUUUCAAUGGCCAAAACUAAUGCCAAUCAUUACAGGCAGUCAGUCAAUGGCCCAUAUUUGAUGCUGGUAUGACCUUGUUCAUUUUUUUUACGAUAAUUCUGUAUGCCAUAACAGAAUAUAUUUUAACACGUCUGAGUAACUACCAGAUUUGAUAUGAUGUCACUUGGGAUGGGAAAUUUUUUUAUUCUUUAAGAGUAUAUUAACAUUGCUUGACAGCAGCCAUUGUGGCAAGGCUGUGUGCAGUGUCUGCAAAAAUAUUUAGUUAAAGGGGUGGGGGUACCACGCUUCUCCACAUUUACAACAAAAACUGCAAAGUUACAAUGUUUGGGGUCUGUAUUAGAUACAUGGCACCUAAAAUAAGGGCUGUUUUUCUAAUCCUGAAAUAUUCACACUUAAACUGACACAUUAAGAGAGGAGAAAGUUCACUGAGUUUUAAGGGGGUCUCACAUGAGACCUUGUUGCUUUAUCUGAACUAUCUGUCAUGCUUUGUCUAGACUGGAACACUCUUAUUGUUGGGAAGCUCUCUCCUUGGAUCAACGCAGAUGCAGAAAUCGAGACAGAACGUAGAAACUCAGAAGCGGUAAGUUCCUGACUGAUGUUGACCUUUUCCUAAUUUCUGGUUGAGUUUGAUGAUCUCAAGAUUCUGUGUCAUAUAUGUAGUAAACUUUUACUCUCUCACAUUGAAUUUCCCUUUGGCGAUUAAUAAAGUUCUUCUCAUCUUAUUUACCUCUCAAAGCAUUGUCUCAUGUGUUCUUGCUGUGCCCUCAUUUUUUUUCUCAUGUCUGUCCAGGCUUUGGCGCAGGAGCUAAACUUCUCAGCCUACCUGGGUCUGCCCGUCUUCAUGGUCCCUCUGACAGGCUCAAAUAACGCCAAUCUCGCCCGUCUGCUGCUAAACCACAUCCACACUGGACACCACACCUCAAAUGUAAGACGCACUGAUUUGAAUAACUCAGCAUGACUGUGUAGACUGUUAUGCAGCAGUGAAGUCCGACAGAUAGUGAACUGCUGUUGUCCUCUGUUUGUGAUUAGUUCUGGAUUCGUGUCCCGCUGAUGUCCCCAGAGGACAUACGGGAGGAUCUGAUUGAGGAUGAACCAAACACUUGCAUUGACGAUCCAAGUGUUGAUGAGAAGACCUGGAGCUGGUUAGUUUCACACAGUCCACUUCCCGAGCAGUCGGCUACUGCCUGCAUGCUCAAACAGCUCCUAUUGAUUUCCUUUAAAAUCCUGAUGCAUGGUGUUUACUUGGCUCUGCUCUUUCAGGUGGCACUCAUUCAGAACCCUUUGUGAUUACAACAAGAGGAUCUGUCUCGGUGAGAGGACACACUGAAGAAACAGCCUGUGGCAAAGUCAGUGCAUUAAGAAAUAAUUAUAGUCUACUCCGCCACUGAAAAUGCACUUUUUGUUUGUAUUCCUGAAGCUAUCGAAGUGGGAGCAGACAUGCCGUCAGACGCUGUGAUCGAUAAGUGGCUCGGGGAACCAAUCAAAGCAGCAAUACUUCCCACCAGCAUCUUCCUUACCAACAAAAAGGGCUUCCCUGUGUUGUCAAAAGCCCAUCAGAGGAUAAUCUUCUCUCUCUUCAAGGUAAAAGUUAAAGAAAACCACCCAAAUAAAUCACCUGCCUAAUGCACAAGUACUUCAGUAGACAUCUCUCUUCUUAGUUGGAGGCCCAGUUCAUCUUCACAGGGACCAGUCGCCACACUGAGAAGGACUUCAGAUCCUACCUGCAGUAUCUGGAAUACCUCAACCAGAACCGGCCUGCACCCAAUGCCUACGAGCUCUUUGCCAAGGGCUAUGAAGACUACCUGCAGUCCCCCCUCCAGGUAGGGCUGUCGAAUUUGUGUUAACAUACUUAAGAUGGGUGUGCAUAUUUGUGAGAUGAGAGACUAAACUUGUGUUUUCUUCUUCUUUUUAGCCGCUCAUGGACAACUUGGAGUCCCAGACGUAUGAAGUGUUUGAGAAGGAUCCAAUUAAGUACUCUCAGUACCAACAGGUAAGACUGUCACACACUGCGUUGAAAACAGUUCACGGUAAAUGAACACAAUCACGUCAUAGAAAGGAGUUUGUUUGAGAGAUUGUCAUGCAAGAACUCUUUGUUUAUUUUGCUCCUUAUAACCCACCCCACGCUCCCGCUGAGAUGGCACGCACAUUUCUUUGACUUGGUAGUAAAGUCUGAGAUAGGUAAUACAAUGCUCUGCCCAUUGGAUUUGCAACAACCUGCAUUCAUUUGCUGUUAUCUGCUUAUACUACAACUGCAUGGCCUUAAAUGUGAAACUAUGUAGAAGAGUUGGUAAUGUGGUUUAGGACUUAGGUCUGAGAUUUUUAUUCUUUUGGACUUGGAGACCCACAAACCCUAAAGCCAGUCAAAUUAUAGGUUCUCAUUUUACUGUUGUACAUCUGGAGUAAUCAUCAAAGACUGAAGAUUUGUCAUGAUCCUGUAAACUUUCAAUUUAUAGGCAAAUAAUGUGUACUUGGUGAAAAGUGCUACUGUAUUUGGAUUACUCACAGAUUUAAUUCCAACAGAGUCAAGAAAUACAUGAAGUGUUGUGUCUUUUGUAUCUACUGGUGUUGUUCAACCCAAAGUUUUUCUGAGCUAUUUUCCAACUAUUUGUUCAUCAACCAUCAAACUGUGUCCCGCAAAAGUCUGCCUUGCAAACUGACUUUGGACAACACAAUUUAGAUCUACUAUCUUUUAGUUAAAUCUGGGCCUGACCCUUCCUGUUAAUUAAAGUCCCACAAGCCAACUUGUGAUCAAACAGACACAGUCACUUGUUCUAAUAUGCUUUGUUUGUAUGUAUAUGAUACAUACAAAAUACAUCCAUAUGUACUGUAGCCUUUUCACCAAAACCAGUCACUGAAGGUAUUUUUAAUUUAGCGCGCUGCUUUCUGACAUGUUGAGUCCUGAAUUUAGAGGUCAGGAUUGUUUUAAAGGCAGACAAUAAACGCUCUGGGAAAUUAAUGAUGAUUCAGUUUAAAAACUGCUCCCAAAAAAUUUUCAAUCUUCUACUAAACCUCCAGCUUUUCUCUUUUCUUCACUGCUUGUCCUUCAACAUUUACUGGUGCUUCAUUUUUGUGAAUUAGAUUUUAAUGUUUUACCUCCAGCUUUUUAUUCUUAGCAAUUACCUGACUAGGUGUGGGUUCCUGCUGUUAACUGGAUUCUCAUGGAUCCGGCAAUAGUCUCAGACAGACAUCAGACUGAUUUACAAAGUUUAACAUUGUAAAAUGUCUUCAAAAUUCUCACAUGCACUUUGAGAGGUCUUAAAUUUUCAGGUGGUACUUGUUGCAUUGCACUCCUGAUAGCAUAUUAACUUAACAUUAAAAAAAUUCUAAACAGAAAAAAAGAACAAAGGGUCAAUGCAAACUUAAGAAAAUUGGUCUUUGAGAUGAAAUGCAGCGGUGAAGGUUUGUGGGGUACAGAAAACUGAAAGAGCUGAAAAGACAAGCCUUUGAACCUGGGACAUGUGGUUGAAUAUAUCGCACCAGCAUAAUUGGUGUUUGUGCUGUUCUGUGGUAAAUUGGUAUUGAUUUCUUUCUUCUUUGAGUCUUAAUUUUGAGUUUAAAAAAUUUCCCAGCACCCUGAUUUGGUUUAUUCGCACUUUUACUGAAUGAAGAACUCAUGCAGUGUUUUCACUGUGCUGCCAAGUCUCUUUCUGUGUCAAAUCAGGCUUGAAUAAGUCAUUAGUUUGUGGGUUUGAUGAGCGAAUCAUCCAUAUUGUUGAUUUGUCUUUGUGUCUACAGGCUGUUUACAAAUGUCUACUGGACAGAGUUCCAGAGGAGCAGAAAGACACUAAUGUUCAGUGAGUAUAAAUACAUAAAUCUAGGCAUUGACACAACAUUGAGCUAUACUUCAAAAAAAUGCAGCUGUAUUUAAAUUCUUAUCAGUGUCAUUGAUCCGUAACUUGAUUUAAACUCAGCAGUCACCCUCCAGUGAUACAACACAGUCUCAUUUAUCUUAUAAUAACACAGCGCAUCGUUUUGGGAAUAUUAUGACAGUGUUUCAGCUCCUGCAGUAAAACAAGUCAUGUAGCUGUAAUGGAAUCAUCCUCAAAAACUGUGCACUCUCUCCCUGGCAGGGUGUUGAUGGUGUUGGGAGCAGGGAGAGGUCCUUUGGUUAAUGCGUCACUGCGCGCUGCCAGACAGGCGAACAGGAAGCUGAGGGUUUAUGCUGUGGAGAAAAAUCCUAAUGCUGUGAUCACGUGAGUGAGAAACUACCAUUUGUGCCUGUUUGGGAACAUUUCAUAGUAAGUGUGUUGAUAUUUAUGAAGCUGUCACUUAAACUUAACUGGACAUUUCUCAUUGGAUGACACUGUUUUCAAAUCUUUUGGUUCAGUGCGUCCUGGUGAGAUCAGUGACUUUAUCUACGUAGCCCCUUUUAAAAACAAAAGUGUACACGAUGCUUUCACAGACGAAGCAGAACAGGUGGAUUUUAAUAGCAGAAGAUGACAAAAAUAUGACAUUACAGUAUUGAUUUUACAACAAAAUAGUCUGUUAAUGAGAGGAAAAAGAGUCUCAGAAGUUGUACUGCUGAAUUUUGUCUCUCUACACAAACAUAUUAACGGGUCCAUUCUUGUCCAGGUUGGAGAAUUGGCGCUUUGAGGAGUGGGGCGAUCAGGUGACAGUGGUGUCAUGUGACAUGAGGGAGUGGGCUGCACCCGAGAAAGCCGACAUCAUCGUCAGUGAGCUGCUGGGUUCAUUUGGUGACAAUGAACUUUCCCCUGAGUGCUUAGAUGGAGCACAGCACUUCCUCAAAGGUACUUCAGUCUUAUUUAAGUGGAUUCUGUUGGAAACUGAAUGUGAUGCUGCUGUUUAUGACAAUUAACAAUUAACUUCUUUAUGAAUUUCCACUAUUAUGCACCAUAUGUAAAAGAGGCAGCAUGGGCUCUACAAAACACUUAAUUUAAGAUUUUAAACUUGUUUUAGGUGGUAGGCCGACUAAUCGAGAUGAGGUGUGUUCCUGUAUCACACAGAUAUCACAAGAAUUCUUCUGUCUGUACUCAACAGGUUUAUCAAAGUGUAGGGACCCUCCUACCUGUUCCCAGUUAGACCUGGGUUCAGUUAAUAAACACAUUUGUGAGACAGGAGUAACUAUGGCUGCAUGUGAGCUGGAACAUGAGUGAAAUACUGAUGAAAUUAGCCAGAGGAACAGCUUCAUAGGAAAACUGUCUUUGUUGCAGCAUGGUCAAAAACAGACUGCUCUGUGUAGGUAACCGUAGACACUGCACUCAGAGCAUCAUUGGGGACGCCAUAUCAAACAUUCGCCACCCUCCAUUGCUUUCCAUGCUUGUUUGACUCUCAAAUUCUUUCUCUUUCUGCUGUCAUCAUCGUGUCAUGUCCCUCUCAGAUGACGGCGUGAGCAUCCCCUGCUCUUACACGUCUUUCCUGGCUCCGCUGUCCUCCUCCAAGCUUUACAAUGAAGUCCGGGGAUGUCGGGAGCGCGACAAGGACCCGGAGUGCCAUUUUGAGACGCCGUACGUGGUGCGCCUCCAUAACUUCCACCAGCUGGCUGACCCCAAACCCUGCUUCACCUUCACACACCCCACAACAGGUAAAAACAAAGACACUUACCUCAAACGCAGAAACAAGAACACUCUAAGCUUUACUUUUCUCAAGAUACUUUAUUCCUCUUUCCUCCACCAGACAUGAACAAUAACCGGUAUCAGUGCCUCAGGUUCACAGUGGGUUGUAACUCAGUGCUCCACGGUUUUGCUGGAUACUUUGAGACUACGCUGUACAAAGAUGUCACACUUAGUAAGUCUACCUUAUAUACAGACAGUCGCACAGUACUGGGAUGAGAUCUCAACAGGAUUAUUUUUAAUGUUGUGUUUGUUUGUGACAGGUAUAAAACCAGAUACACAUUCACCUGGAAUGUUCUCCUGGUUCCCCAUCCUCUUCCCCCUCAAGGUGAGUUGGCUUUUUCAUCGUGUCUAUUUCCUCCGCUGUGCACUUUGUGAACUCAUUAUGUCUGUGGAAGUCACUCGUAAGGGUUCUAUUUGCUGUGGAAAGCAGCUAUUUCCUCGUCCCAAAGACACCUUAAGACAGCGGGAAGUUUUCAGGACAAUAGCCACAACGUCACUGAAAUGGAUAUUCCGGAGUUAGCUUAAGCAGCCACUUUUUGGGGGGAGACCCUGACGAGUCGAUCAUGGAGUGCAGUGGAGUUUCGCAGCUCAAGGAAGAAUAUUUAUAAUUAUUACGUCAUGGAAAUGCAGUCAGAGUUUUUGUGUAUCUUAUAGGUGCACUGCAGACGCGGUAGUUCUUCCGCAUUAGCACCUUGGUCGAGUGCCUUUCUGUUGAGUGGCAAUGUAUGAAUAUCUGAUGUAUACUAGGGAACUAAAUGGGUGUUAGUGGCUGGACUCAGGUUCUUUCUGUAAGGGCAUAACUUUCAGGUUAUUUUAUGACCACAAAGCUGCAUGAAAAGUUCACCCACAAUCUGUGUCUAACCACUAAAAAAAACAGCCAGAACAAAAUGUUUCAGUUGGAGGCAGAAUAGUUCUGAAAUGAAGGUUUUCUCAGGCACAAGAGUAAAAUAGCUUCAAUGUUUUUGAGCUCAUGCAAAGCUACUGUCCAGGUGUCCCAUACUGACAUAAUGAAAGAUGGAAUUGAGUAUAAAAGGUCUCUGUAACAUAUUUGCAGCUGGUGCAUGGUCUUGAUCUCUUUUUUUUUUUUUUUUGGCUAUUUAUUUUUUUUCGCCCUCGGAAUAAAUCCCCAGUGAACACUACAGAGCCAGUAUUUGGCUUUGCAGUCAUAGAUUUGAAAACAAAUAAAGGUAUCUCAUCUAACAAAGCACACAUAUGCUCAUUGAUAACAUUGGAGUGGAAAGCAAAGUGCUGUCACUCACCAUUUAAAGAACAUUUGAAAUGAGUAUUUCCUUUUGGCAAGAGCCAGUGCUUCCAAAUCAAACAUGUCAAACAUAUGGUGCAGGGCUUCAAGAAGCUGGCUCUUACAGACAGUGCUGGCUAUGUGCGGAGCCAGGGAGAUGUCAAUCAAAUUUUGAUACAUGCUUGCACAGUCUUUAGGAGUGUUUUAACAAUAAAAUGAGCUGAUUUUGUGGAUGUAUCAGUCAGCUUUGACACAACAGAUUGAAUAAGACUUUGAGGAAUGUGGUUCUUCUGGAGAUUUCCAGAUUUUCCAGCUGAAAAGAAAAAACAGAACACAGAUGAAUUUUUGUGUAAAAGUAGGUUAACAUUUCAGUUAUAGUUUUAGCCAUGACUUUGCUGGUUAUUAUUUCCUAUUUAAAUGCUAUAAAUUAUAACCAUGCAAUCAGGAUUAUGGUGUUUAUUUCAGUACAUACUGGCUGGAUUACGCACAGCUGGCAGCAACAGAGCCACUCUCUCUCCUCUACUGCAGACCCCAACAUAUGCUGGGGACAGAUAGUUACUGCAGAUGCCGAAGACACGCUGUUUGUUCUGCUGAAACUUUCUUUCAGCUCUUUAUUUUGCUGGCAUAUUAUGAUAUGAAAUAGUCCUGGAAUAGACACCAACUGGCUGUUUUUUUUUUGUUUGUUUGUUUUUUUUUUGCACAAAAUGAAUUUAAAAUAAUUGUAGUUAUUUGAUCUUAAACUACUUACACUGUAUACUGUAGAGAGAGGCUGUAAAAAUAAACAAUAGAAUAGAAUAGUCUUUAGUGCCAUUACAUGAGGUGCAAUGAAAAUUCCUUUGUGACAUGUCUGAGUAGCAAAAACACUUGCAUGUACACAUUCUCUCACACAUAUAUACCAUUAAUUAAAAAAAUAUAUAUGUAUAGAUAUAUCUAUUGUGUACAUAUAUUUACAUACCUGUACAUACACACAUAUACACAUAUACACGCAAGCACAAGCUGUGCUGAAUUUCUCCUACAAGAAGUCUGUUGGUUUGUGAAUGAAUCAAGAUGAACCUUUUUUGGUGCCAGAUAAAAGCAACUUUUUGCUGCCUCUUUCCAAGCAGGCACUUUCAAACCUAACCUGUGGUUCAUGAUGGUCAUGUAUUUAUACAGUUAAAAUUUUGAUAUGUACCACACUCUGUUUCAUCCACUAGUUUCUCGACUGUGUCGUCCACUGCAAAUCAAAUCUCUGCUCUUAUGUCAACUUUUUCUUUCAAAAUUUCCCUCCUACAGCAACCCAUCUCUCUGUCCCGGGAUGACGAUGUCACUGUGCGGUUCUGGCGCUGCAACAAUGGGAAAAAGGUGUGGUAUGAAUGGGCCGUGACAGAGCCCUCCUGCUCUGCCAUCCACAACCCUGCUGGACGCUCCUACACCAUUGGCCUGUGAGGACGACACAGCAUCACGUGUCAGCAGCCGCACACACGUUACUGUAAAACCUGGUGGCGGUUAAAGUGAAGGUGGCUCCUUUUAUAUUCACAUGUGAAACCUGGAGUAAGUAAUCUGGGUUUUAAAAAUGAGCGGUGGAGUGCACUUUGGAGCCAACAAAAAUGGUUAUGGGAUAAAUCAGAUUUCAGUGUGUGUUUUCUUUUUUUGAGAAGUGUACUCCAGCAGACAUGGACUAUCUCCUGUGCACAAAGUGUAUCAAUACUGCUACAGAUGCGGUCAAACAAGCGCCACUGUUUCUGUCUUUUAAGUCUGUUUUCUCCCUCUGUUCUCAACUGGUCCUAACAGACACACACACUCAGUACAACCAGACCUUUGCCUUAUCAAACACACAUUCCAUACUGAUACACAAACACACACACACUGACAAAAUGCCCCUAUCGUCAACUGUGUGUGUCAGAGGAAAGUUAUGUAAUUCAGGUCCCAUACCACCUUAUGUAAAGGCUGUCUGUCCAUACCUUUUGUUAUUCUGUUUGUGUAUAUUUGAACCUUGUCAAUAAAGACAACACUGUAAAAUUAUUCAUA